AUGGUGCAUCGGGCCUACACGGCUGCAGGCUACUCAGGCGCGAAGGAGGUGCCGGAGGCGCCGCUCACACCUGACCUGGACCCAGUGCAGGUCUACUGCCGCAUCGAGUCCACCGUGGAGACUUUGGUUCUCCUUCUGCUGGACCCGGUGAUCAAAGGCAUCCCGUCCUUGGGGAUUCUGCCGGUGCGGGUGGAGGCGAGGCGCUGCGUGGGCGAGCACGGCAGCCCGCAGGCUGCGCUGUCGGCGCUGAUCGCGAAGGCGGAGGCCGAGGAUGACGAGAGCGGCAUGUCCCAGCGAUUCAUCCGCAAGGUCUCGGAGCUUCUGGUGAUGCGCUUCCUGCCAGUGGUGGGCGCAGGCGCCUUCCUGAGCUACACCAUCUUCUCACGGCUUCGCCUGGCCGCCCUCGUGGCCGAAACCUUCGGCCAUGAUGUAGAAGACCCGGACGUGCAGGGCUUGCUCUUCUUCUGCAUCUUGCCCGGGGAUGCCGCGGAUGAAUCGGCUCCGGACGAGCCGGAGCAGAGCCCAGGCGGCACUUCUGCGGGCGCUGUGGGCCCCGCGGGCCCCGCGGCGCGUGCGGCCCACGGCCUGGGCCGCGGCCUGGCGCGCCAGGUGCUGCAGCGGUCCACGGGCUGGCGCUCAGCGGCAGAUCUCUACGACCUGGCGGCGGCGAUUUGCUCCGAGCGGAUCGUAGAGGAGGCGCGCGGACCACAGGCCUGCACAGUGCGAAGGGCGCAGAUGCUUUUCAAGCCCUCCAGCGUUUGGGGCCACCCGGCCUUGCUGGCGGUACUGGCGGUGGGCGCGCUGGCGCCGUUGCUGGUGACCUUGGCCACUUUGCUGCAGCGCUGGUCCGCGGAAGUGGCGGCCUGGGGCGGCAGCUUGGGACUGCUCGUACAGUGCCUCUUCUGGGCGCUGGUGGCGUUGCCGCCGGCCGUGGGGGUGGUGAUGCGGUGGCGCCUGGUGGAUUUGGCGGCGGAGCGCCCGGAGCUCUGCAGCUCCGCGGUGCUUCUGCUCCACGCCGCGCUGCCGCUCUUCGCCGCCUUCUCGGCCACGCGCCUCGUGGUGGCCGCCCUCUUCCGGCGUUCCAUGGCACACGUGGAGGGGGACGAUGCCGGCAUUCUCUUCCUGGUGCUGGGAGGUUGGAAUUGGCUGCGGCUGUGGCAACGGAUGCAGGCGCCCAAUGGCCCGGAGCGCCCAACGGCCGAGCAGCAGAAGCUGCUGGGCCUGCUGCUGGCUUUGGGCUGCUGGGACCUGCUGGGGGAUGGCUUGGGUUUCCACGCCUGGAACUUCGGAGUCCUCCGCUCCGCUCACUGGUUCGUGGGGCUGCUUCAAGCACAGGCCUUGGAGUGCCAGCUGCGGCUGCUGACGCUGCUGAAGCACCGCGAGGUCUUGCUUCGUGUGUUGGGUGCCACGCAUCUCAUGGGCCUGGCCGUCGUGCUUUUCCUCGGGGGCGUGACGGCCUCGGUGGGCUUCCUGGUGUCGCGUCGCGAGUUCACGCGCUUCGUGGAUGGACUGGCACCCCCGCCGCGAGUCACUGCCGCCAUUGUGCUCUUGCGGCGUGAGCAAGGCGUCUGCGCCUUGGCUCUGGGCGCGGCAGCGGGUCUUCUUUGGCAGCUCCCUCCAGGCCUGGCGGUCGUCGCCAAAGCUGGGGGCGUACUGCUGGGGGCGACAGCAGUGGGCCUCUUCUUUGGCACCUUCGAGGAGUUCCGGGGCCCGCUGCUGGAGCCCUCGGGGGGCCGAUGGCUGCUGGUCUUGCCCGAGACCUCCGAAAAGGCGAAGCUGCAGGCGCUGCGUGUGUGGACCAAGCUGAAGUUGGGCGCGGCUGAGGUGGCGGUGGAGCGAGGGGCACUCUACAUCGGCCGAGGGGUCUUGGACAGCCUUUUGAACUACUUAGGCACGCUGUGGGUCUCCGGCAACGCUGUGGAGGUUGUGGAGAAAGUGGUCGAGGCAGAGUAG